AUGUCGCUAUACUUGCGCUCCCCACCCUCGUAUGAUGAGUCGGAAGCUGUGGCGAGAGGUGCUGAGUUGUUGACACGCGCCUUCUCGUCGCUCCUAAUGCAUGGAGAUGCGCAUCGAUCACAGGAGGACCAGAGAACAGCUCUGUCUGGUGCGCAAGAUACACCAUUGGACAACGUGACACCAUCUCCACAACUACCUGCGGACGUGAUAUGUAUCCUCUACGAUAUACUCUGGGAAACGGAUAAACCCAGCCGAGGUCAUCUGGGAUGGAUCCGAUUGACUCAUGUCAACCGACUUUGGAGGAGCGUCGGUGUGGACUGGCCGAGGUUAUGGACCCGAGACUAUGGGACACUGGCAUCCCACGAUGCAUCAAGCGCAUUUCGAGUACGCGCUCGCGGCUUGCCGCUUACUGUGUCGAUCCCUCACCCGCCUCAAGGACGACAUGAGGAUGUACUGAUUCACGCCGUCUCCAACGGAAUUCGCACCAUCGAGACGCUCAAUCUCAAGUCUCGCUCAUACAUGUGGUCCUCCCUCAUUGCCGGCAAGAGGCUCCCUGAAAUGCACGUCUUGGACAUCGACGACUCCGCAUCUCGCGUUGGCGCCGUCUACAAGUUGCAUCCCACUGUCCACGCGCCCAAGCUCACGCACGCCACACUUGUUGGGUGCCGGCCAUUCUUACUGGUCGCACCAUCGUUGGUCUCACUCACCCUCACCGGUUUGAUCUUGUCGGUUGACCGCGCCCUGGACAUCCUACGAGGCACACCUCGCCUAGAACACCUUCAAAUCGACGAACCUAUGGAAAUCCUCGUAUCUAUGAACCUGGACGAGCCUGAUGCUAAACUCAAGGGCCCGGUAGACCUGCCCCACUUACACACCGUUCGCAUUCGACCUAUCGCCAAUCUACCGCGCAGGAUAUAUAGGCGAGCGGGCAAGACGUUCUUGGGGCGGAUUAUCAUGCCGAGCGACGUCAAGGAUGUCGCUUCAUCGAUGGUUGCGUGA